CACAACCAACAAAAACCCGCGCCAACCCUAAUCGCUAUCUUCUACCCGACGACGACCGCCAUCUUCUCUCCUUCCAGUCCACGCCAGUCACAAGUUCGCGAUCGUCGUGGCUCGCCAGCAGCCCAGACCAGGCUUUGUCUUGAGGUGCGUUUUUCUUCUUUUUGCUUCCUCCUUCAAUCGGCAGCGACCAGCCGAGGACCGCAGCUUCGACAACUCAACGUGUCGACGAGGUUAUCGCACCGGUUGCUGUGAGGAGUCAUUGAACGCCCAAGACGUCACCUAACUUAGGUAGCAAGCAACAGGUGGUGCUACCAUUUCGACACCAAAUGGUAGCAGAUGCAUGGAGGUGGUGCUACCUAAUUUCUUGAGGUGCUGAAGAACUGGCCUGAGAAGACUAUUAAAGUUAUUGUGGUUACAGAUGGUGAACGUAUUUUGGGACUUGGAGACCUUGGAUUUUAGGGUAUGGGAAUUCCUGUAGGCAAACUUGCUCUUUAUACAGCUUUAGGAGGACUUCGUCCGUCUGAAUGUUUACCCAUUACAAUUGAUGUGGGGACAAACAAUGAAGAGUUACUAAACAAUGAGUUCUACAUUGGUUUAAGACAAAAGCGUGCUAGAGGCCAGGAAUAUGAUGACCUUCUCCAUGAGUUUAUGUGUGCUGUUAAGCAACAAUAUGGCGAGAAAGUCCUAAUUCAGUUUGAAGACUUUGCCAACCAUAAUGCAUUUGAUUUGCUAGCAACAUACAGCAAGACCCAUCUCGUCUUUAAUGAUGACAUCCAGGGAACUGCCUCUGUGGUUCUUGUUGGACUUGUUGCAUCAUUAAAAUUGGUUGGAGAGACCUUAGCAAACCAUACCUAUUUGUUUCUUGGGGCUGGAGAGAUACAGGUAAAAGAAAAGUGGAUUAGCAGUGGAGGCUGGAGGUCAAUGCAGAUG